AUGGUUGCUGAACGGUCGAGUGUAUUGUUGCGGUUUCCCCUUACCCCACACCCUCCCCGCAGCCCGCCUGGGUACUACCGCCGCGUGGGGUACGGCAGCGGAGCCAAGUCGUGGCACAUCCACUUCCCGGGCGGCGGAUGGUGUGCAACGCGCGACGAGUGUGCGGCCCGUGCGACGACGUUUCUCGGCUCGACGAAGUACAUGCCGCGAUCUUCGCAGGGUUCAUGGGUGGGUGAGCAGCUCACAGGAAUUUUAUCUGCCCGGCAGCCGGAGAACAGGCUGUUUUACAACUGGAAUCUUGCGCUCCUCGCGUAUUGCGAUGGGGGGGGCUACGCGGGCAGCGCGGGGAAGGUCGCCGUGAACGGCAACGGGAAAGGCGCGGCGCUGUUCAUGCAGGGGGACGCGAUCGUUAAAGCCGUGCUACGUGGUAAGCGUGCUACUAGUUAG